AUGGGACAUGAGGAGCAUGGAGGGACUUGGCACAUGGACGCAGCUCAACUGGAUACGCAAAGGAAGAAGGGAGAAGCCAUCUUGAAGACCAGCUCGACCGUCUACUCGACCAACCGGUCCAAGCUUCAACUCGAUCGAGCUGAGAAGUCAAAGUCAAACCCGAAAAAUGAGAAUGCGGAUUUGGGUGAGCCUGAGUGCUACGAUUUUGAGGAGUAUGAGGCUCCAAGGAUGAACCCCUCUGUUGUGGCUGCCCACAAGAGGAUUGGACUUCUCCAAAGAAAGUUCUGGUUCUUCAAGCAAGAAGAAGAAGUCCAAGCUCCCACCCCUAGGAGUAGAUCACUCCUCACCACUCCAAGGAGGCUCCCUGCCCAAGAGCCUCACAGAGCCUCUUCAUUCGAGCCAAGGGAAGGAGAAGACAACUCGCAGAGAAGGAGGAAGAGUUCCAAGGCCAGACGCUCCAGCUCCAACUCGAUCGAGUCCAAACAGAGGAAACUCAACUCGAUCGCUGAGGGUCGAGUUGACCUGGAGGAGCCCCUGUUUGAGAACCGGGAUUCGAGUACGAUCAACGCAGUACCAGGACUUCUCUCAGACCCUGGACCCCUACAACCGUUCGAGCAAGCCAGCUCCACCAAGGCCAAGGAGCCACACACUUUCAACGAUGAAGAAGAGGAAGAAGAGGAGCCACAAGCUCGAUCGAGUGAGCCGAACCCAGUCGAGUGGAGUGCUCCUGAUGGCCGUCUACCAUCUCCAGACCACGACCUAGUCUCCCAGUUCUUUGGGGGGCACUGA